AUGAAGAACUCUCUGCUCGCAGCUAUCUUUUUAUUUGCAACAGAUUCCUGUAACUGCUUAAACUUGGAUUUUCCAUUGUGCAAGCAGCUUCCAGACUGGGACAAUGAAUUGAUGUGCUACAAAGAAAUAAGUGAGGAUCUAACUUGCACCUGGUUGCCAGCACCCAGUGCUCCAAAUACUGUUAUUUACAACUUAUUCUUAAAAUGGGAAAGAAUCAAUAAACUUUUCAAAGCAAAUACGUCGUCACCUUCCAUCACAAUAGAACGAAGGAAUCUCUACAUGCAACGCUCUGCAUCUAUUUGGAUAGAAGUGAGAUAUGCCCAUGACAGCUGUGUGAAAGGAAAGAACAUCUCAGUUACACCAAGCAAAGCAGGGAAGUGCUUGACACCAUCUAACAUAAAUGCUCAUCAGAUCACAAACCAACUGAUAAUAAAAUGGGACAUGCCUGCAACUCCUACACAAUAUGAACUGAGAUACAGAGAGGCACUCACAGAAACCACUCAGUGGAUGCUGGUGCCCAUAGAAAGCAAUGCUGUCAACAUCACUAUUUCAAAUUUAAAUGCUACAUCUUCAUACAUUGUUCAGCUCAGAUGCAUAGCCAAGGAUGGUCUUCACUGUGUUUGCAUUUGGAGUAGAGAGAUUUUGGUCCCUCACAAGCUCAUGAGCAAGCCAAGAAUAUCAUAUAAUGCAACUACAGAAAUCUCUCCAGGCAGAAGAAAUGUUCUUCUUAAGUGGGAGGUAAUGCAAAGUGAGAACAUCCUUGGAUACUAUGUUGAUGUUGAAAGAAUACCCAACAGCUGCAUGGACUCACAAAAUCGCAUCAUUCUAAAGGACAGAAAUGUUCUUCUAAAUCUCUCUAUGGCUUAUUAUAGGGUUAACAUUUCUGCCUAUAACAAAGAAGGAGAAUCUCCACAAACCACCUACAUUGUCCCAGAUUCCUCUGCAACAGACUUGCCUGGCCAAAUCAAUGUUAAACCUCGGGGAACUGAUGCAGUUGUCACCUGGACUCCAGAAUACAGUCCAAAAUGUUUUGUGGUUGACUGGGGCACUGGUAGAGAGGAUAUGCGCAUGAAAAUAGUAACUACACCUGCUGGAAAUUUCACACUAGACAAUUUUCAGCCACAUAAGCUGUACAAAAUAAUGGUACAUGCAUCUGAUGUGUGUCAGUGUGAAAAUUUCACAAGACAUGAAAAGACUUUUGGAGUGACCCACUUUUACUCAGUUGAAGGAGUUCCUAGGGCAGGCCCCACUAAUGUGACAAUUCUGAAUAUCACAAAGCAUUCUGCACUUGUGAAGUGGACUGAAAUAGCUGCCGAAGACUGUUUGGGUUUUCUUCAGGGGUACAGAAUCAGCUACAAAGAUUCAUCAGGGAAAAAGUGGCUGGCUGCUAGUGUCAACUCUUCUACCACAAGUUACCAUCUUACUGGACUUAAGGGAAAGACCAUCUACCGCAUACAGAUUUCAGGAUUCACUAAUGCUGGAGAAGGACUGCCGACUCUUUCACAACCGUUCAGUACUCUAAAAUACGAUAAAGGAGAAUUUGAAGGUUUUAUGAUUGGCAUUUUCUUCAGCAUGGUGUUUGUUUUGGUUUUUGCACAUGUGAGUUGUUCUCUGGUGUUUAAAAGGUUGAAAAUAUCAUGCUGGCCAAGUGUACCGAAUCCAAGAAAGAGCAGUGCAAUACAAGAUAUGACGAAUUGGAAACCCAUUUCAAAGUCACUGCUUCAGGCCCUGACAGACAAUGAUACUACCAGCCUUUAUGUCAUAGAGCAUGAGGCAAAGGUUCCCUUGAAGUUAGAGCACUUUACAGAUGGUGUAGAAGUCAGAAAGUAUGACACUUGCCAGUCAGAAGAACCUAGCAAUAACAUAGACAUAAAUAUAAGACACAAAGAAAUCCCUGAAAAAACAGUAACAAGUGAAAAAGAAGGAAUCAUUUCCAUUACGGUACCACUCUUGAGCGACUACACCAGCAUGGAGUUCAGCCAGAAAGCCCUGAUGAGUCUAACAGUGAAGCUGCCUGCAAUAGCUGCUCAUCCUAACCUGGAAAUGGAACUAAGGAAUAAGCCAGCACAAACUGAGCAUCAGGUUUUGUUUGCUGCCCAGGACUACCUCAAACAAAGCCAGGUAGUAUUUUUGCCAUCUGUACCAACUUUGAUGGGACAAGUCAACUUGAACUGA